AUGCAUUCUAUAUGGAAUUAUGCACGUAACUUGGUCAAUUAUAAUCAGGAUAUUGAUAGAAAUACGGCACAAAUCAUAAGGUCCCGGGGCUUUCGGGCUGAAAACCAUUAUGUAACUACAUAUGACGGCUAUAUACUGACAGUUACCCGGAUAAUCAAUCCUUAUGUUACCGACCGUUCAGAGUUAAAGCCAAUAAUAUUACAGCAUUGCUUCCAAUGCAAUGCCAACCUAUGGCUCAUCAACUCUAUGGGACGGCUCACCGAUGAUGGCCAGUGGGUCGAGGAUAACAAUGACGGUCCGGUAGGCAAUACACUGGGCUUUGUAUUGGCAGUCAAUGGCUAUGAUGUCUGGUUGGCUAAUAUGAGGGGAACUUUGUAUUCAUUAAAUCACAUGAAAUACAAUAUUAAGGAUCCUAGGUACUGGAAGUUCUCAAUCGAUGAGAUUGUAGAUUAUGACUUACCGGCGAUCAUAUCUUACAUACAAUUGAAGACUGAAAAAUGUUAG